AUGCCGGGCCUGACGCCAAAAAACACAAACCUCUUUCAAGUGUUUCUUCGUCUCCGCCCACCACCGGGUGGAGCCGCCAACGCCGGGGAGCGAUUUCUAACUGUAGAGCCGGCCGAAGAUGACGAUACGACGCCAAAACACAUCACGUUAAACCCGCCUAACGAUAGGCGACGCGCCGUCGAGAAGUUUGCCUUUACUCAAGUUUUUGAGGAGGAAGCAACACAGCUUGAUGUCUUCCAUUGCACGGGGGUGGCCGACCUGGUCAAGGGCGUAUUAGCGCCCACGGGUGGUGAUGGGACAGACGCGCUCCUUGCCACGUUGGGUGUUACAGGGUCGGGAAAGUCGCACACUAUCCUCGGAUCACGAUCUCAACGCGGCCUCACCCAGCUCGCACUCGAUGUCAUAUUUCGGUCUCUCGGUGACAACUUGGUCGACUGCGACGCGAAUCCGGCCCUGGAACCGUCGAUUAUUGCAUCCGAUUCGUCUGAGGCCGCCAUAUUUUCUGCCCCAGCCUUUCUCGAUACUGUAUUCACAGACCCAUCGACAUCUUUCCGCGCAAGCUCUAGGGCCCAGACCCCCAUGAUUGUAGGAUCCUCUCGGUCAUCUCCUCCCCAAACGUUUUCUCCGCAGGAACAAGGCCAGAAUGGCCCCAGUGGGCCAGACUGUGCCUGGAGGGAAAAGAGUCUACGCAUCGUCAGUCGCGAGGACUCAGUGGCGCCAUCAUCACCCUUAACUCCAGUAAUAUCAAGCAAGAUAUGUGAUGCUGUGUUGUCGAGUCGGAGCAUCCACUUCCACAACACACCUCGGGGAUUUUGGCAUCGACAACCGCAACAAGCACAUGGCGGCCCAGGGGGCAAACAAGCUCCCAAGCAUUUCAUGGCUCCUACAGAAUCCAUCCGUCUGAAGAAAGGUACUAAAACUGCAUCGCAACCCCAGGGCGAAUCCGGAAACCGACCCCAGACGCCAUCACGCAAGCUACAUCGACCGUCCACCUUCCCGCAACAACCCGACAUCGGUGCACUCUCCGUAUCUUGCGACCCGUCAGCCGAAUAUGCCGUUGUCAUUUCGAUGUACGAGGUAUACAACGACCGGAUUUUCGAUCUACUAACCCCGGCGGUCAAAUCAGCAGCCACCAAAGAGUUUCGACGACGCCCACUACUGUUUAAACCCACCGAAGGGUCGCCGGACCGCAAGGUGGUAGCCGGAUUGCGAAAGGUGAUCUGUGGCAACUUACAGCAAGCAUUGAUGGUACUCGAAGCGGGUUUACACGAGCGAAGGGUGACCGGGACCGGUAGCAACAGCGUGAGCUCACGCAGUCAUGGUUUCUUCUCGGUAGAGGUGAAGAAACGUCUCAAGAGCAACCGGAAAUACGGAGCGAACGGGCCCUGGAAUGGGAGCGCGCUCACGGUUGUCGACCUUGCUGGGAGCGAGAGGGCCAGAGACGCCAAAACAGCGGGCGCAACGCUGGCCGAGGCGGGCAAGAUCAAUGAAAGUCUCAUGUACUUGGGGCAAUGCCUGCAAAUGCAGAGCGACGCCUCUCACAAGGACAAGUGCAAGCUGACCGAGUUGCUCUUCUCCAACUCAUAUCCGUCUGCUUCUGCCCACGCGUCCGGCAGGCACCGAAACCCGCAAAAGGCCGUCAUGAUCGUGACCGCAGACCCACACGGCGACUACAACGCGACUUCACAGAUUCUCCGUUACGGGGCACUAGCGCGAGAGGUCACAGUGCCCCGCGUCCCGAGCAUCACCCAGACGAUUCUUGCAGCGACAGCCCAGGCGCCGCCCGCAUCAUCGUAUACCAGUCCUACAUCGCCAACACUGACGCGCCCGUUUUCCCCGCCAGGAUCGGUCAAGUACCCCAAGCUGCAUUCACCGCCCAACAUUAUGCGGAAUAUCUCCCCAGUCAGCAGCAACUCUGGUAGCACCAGCGAUCUGCAUAGAAGUACGAUGGAGGCAGCCGCUCUCGAGAUCGCGCGCCUAUCCGAAGAAGCCGAGUAUCUUCGCCAGGCACUCGACUCGGAACGUGCCGCUCGACAGGAAGCAGAAUCCCAUCUGUUGUCAAUGGAGGACCGCAUGAUCGAGCUGGAGCAGGUGAUUCGCGAGGACUGUACCAAUGAAUUCGAGCAGCGGCUCGAUAUCGAAAUGGCGCGGUGGCGGGCAACAAUGCAGGUGGAAAUGGAGCGCGGAGAAGAGCAUUGGGGCCGGAAGAUCGAGGUCUUUGAGCGGAGUCUGGGAAUGCAGAUGAACGGUGAUGAAGAUGAGGAGGAUGAGGACAAGGAAAACAUGCUCGUGGAGGACAUCCAUCAGGAAAAUGAGCGAUUGCGCUGGGAGAACGAUGCGCUCCGGCGAGAAAUCUCCGGGUUUAGCCCCACCAAACGGAUGCCCCUUCAGGAGAGGGGUGGCGAGGCAGGACUCAGCGCGAGAACCAGGCCGGCUACAGCGGAGACGGGGAGCCCGCGGACACCGCGUAUGACACGGUCCGGUGCAGGAUCGCGCGGUGUUGCGCCGCCUGCUCGAGGUAGCCGUACUACUACUGGGGAUGAUGAACACAGCUUGCUGUCGCGAAUGGAGAUGUUGCGCGUUAGUGACGCGCCCACGAUGACGACGACGACUACAACGACGAAAACCACAAGGACGACCACGGCAAGGGCGGCUACGGCCCGUACGUCAGCAACCGCGACCGCUAGCACUCGAAAAGUGCGCCGGCUCCCGGCUAAGAAGUGGAAUGCAGUCAACGAUGAUGAUGAUAUGUUUUGA